UCUAUCAAGAUUUAGAGGAUGUAGAUUGGUGGUAUGCAAUGAACUGAAAUAAACUAAAAUUCGCACUUUUGCAAAGAGAAUUAAUAAUAAAUAGAAGAUAAAAAGCGAAUAAUAAGUUUCAUAUGAAUAUAUACUGAAAAAGCAGACAAGUCAAUGUAAUAAUAGUUUCGUAGUGGUAAAAGUUAUAAAUCAAAUUGAAAUAUUUCAGUGUCUGUGUCAAGGACAUAAUUGAGAAAUUAAUGUUUAUCUCGCGAAGACGCCUCAAGUUUACACCGUGCAUUUUGUUUUUACGCUGAAGAAUGACUACCUCGUCAGAAGAUGUGUUGCUUAGUGUAAACCAUGUGCGUUAUAAAAAGGGCGAUGGAACACUGUAUCUAAUGAAUCAAAGACUAGCCUGGAUGCUUGAGAAUCGAGACACGGUUGCUGUAUCUCAUAAAUAUGCUGAUAUUAAAACUCAAAAAAUAUCUCCUGCUGGUAAACCAAAAGUGCAAUUACAAGUGGUAUUGCAUGAUGGUACUUGUUCAACUUUUCAUUUUGUUAAUUCUGCUGGCGCAGAAGCACAGGCUAAAGACAGGGAUCGAGUCAAGAUGUUGUUACAGAAUCUUCUUCCAAAAUUCAAGAGACAAAUAGAUGGAGAAUUAGAAAUGAAAUCUAGGUUAUUAUCAUUACAUCCUAUUUUGAAGCAUUUAUAUGAAGACUUAGUUAUAUCAAAAGUUAUUAAUAGUGAAGAAUACUGGAAUACACCAACAUUAAAGCACUAUACAGAAUCAACUAAUUUGAAGCAAGAAGCUGGUGUAUCUGGAGCAUUUUUAGCAGAUAUUCAGCCACAAACUGAUGGCUGUAAUGGUCUUAAAUACAAUCUUACACAAGAUAUCAUAGAUGCAAUAUUUAAAACAUACCCGGCUGUGAGAAAGAAACAUAUAGAUUAUGUUCCUAAUAAAAUGACUGAGGCCGAGUUUUGGACUAAGUUUUUUCAAUCACAUUAUUUUCAUAGGGAUCGUAUAGCAUCAUCAUCAAGUAAAGAUCUGUUUGGAGAGUGUGCCAAAAUGGAUGAUCAGGCGAUCGCGUCCGCAAUGAAACACACUACCUUAGAUCUCACAGUUGAUUUACCACACUUUACAGAAUCAGUACCGCUGUUACCUGAUGACGAAUACACGGAAAAAGAAAAGGACAGUAAUUCCAUUCAUCGCAGCAUGAUAAAACGGUUUAACCAACACUCAAUUAUGGUGCUUAAAGCUAGUCACAAGAAUUCAAGCAGUAGUAACAAUAAAUCGACAAAUAACAACAAAGUUGAAAACGGCAUUAAAGAGGCAAAUGGUAUAGACAAGCGAUCAACGGAUGAGAGUGAACCCGUAGACAAAAAAAGGAGGAUAUUAGAAAAAAUUAAAUAUGAAGACUUGGACGAUGAGAAUGACACUAAUCGUGCGCCGGAGUUGAAGUUGUCUAAGGUAGAACGGUAUUUAUUAGGUCCAUCUUCACAAGUAACACAAUCUACUUCAAGUAGCAAUAACCCACCGCCAUUGUCAGCCUUGUCGUCUAUAUGUCAGGCGUGGUCAAACGGUCAGCAAUGCUUGCGUCCAUUUCGUGUAAGUGCUGCGGCGGCAGUAGGGGCUUUGGGAGAACUCAGCCCCGGAGGUGCACUUAUGAGGCAACACCACGCUGCAUCUAUGGCUCAGUUAAUACCAUCGGACAUUAAAUUAGAGUUACACCGAAUAUACUACUCGGGAGGGGAGUUACUCCGGGAACUCUGGCGAUGUUUCCCUCAACCCGGCGCCGGCGCAGAUACAGAGGAUAAUGCGGCGAAGGCAGAAAAAUUCUAUGAAGCGCUACUCCGAUUUAGAAACGUCAAAUUGCGGCCGUUUGAGGAAAAAAUGCUCCGGGAUCUAACACCACUAGCGACAUCUUUAACGCGACAUAUGAACCAAAUGAUAGACGCGGCCUGUUCCAAAUACGCCCUUUGGCAACAAAGACAAGCGAAACUUAGAUAGUACACGCACAAAAUUUUAUUCUGAUACAGGGAUGGUCGCUAUCAACAAUAAAUGCUGAUUCAAUAAAGACUUUCUCUACGAAAAAUUUUGUUUCGAAAGAAAUUUGCAGGUUUUUUUGAAUAUUGCCCACACGUAAGAAAGUAAAAUGGCUCAUGCCAAGUUUUUUAAAAGUAAAUAAAAGUUAACUAAUGAAAUGUCAAAUCUUGUGUUAAAAACGCGAAUUCUUCAGUGGCAGUUGACUUGCAAAUAAAUUAUGUAUGUAUUAUAACUGACAAUAUUUAUUAAAUACAUACUAUCUGUUAGUUCCAAUUUUUUCAUUCGUUACAAAAGUACAAAUCUUUCCUUUCCUCCUUUUCUAUAUUGCAUAAGUUUAAACGAAGUAUAUAAUUGUUUUAAACGGUGUUGAAUUAAAAUUUCAAAAUUUGUUUUUAAACUUACCAACAUUUCAGUAUCACGAAUUGAUUUGACAGUGACAGUGAACGCUUAUGUCAGCUGAUCUGGAAAAUUGACAUGGCGAAUUCUAUUUCUUAGUACAUAUUUCUAUUUAUUGGUACUUUUAACAUUAUUUUUCUAACAGUUGUGUUCCUACGUCAUAGUCAAGAAUUAAUACACAAUUCAUACUUAAGUACUAAGCUUGUUGGAAUAUUUUAAUAUUUGUAAAAGAUUGAACUUGUAAAUAAGUCGACAAUAACUCUUAGAUAUAAGCUGAAGUCAAAAUUUAUUGUUACCAUUGGUUACUAAAUUUAGUUUAACAUCCUUUAAAAGCAUUUUAUUGGUUUUAUCAAGAAUAUUAGGGAUUUGUUUUUUAUCGAAUAUUAAUAGGAAUUUUACAUGUAAUAAUACCUGUUCUAAAAAUAACAAAAAUCUCAAUCUCGUACUAACAGUGCGUUAUAAAUAAGCAUGUUUACUUAAAGAAAUAUAUUUAAAAAAUUCUGUAAUUUGUUCAAUGUUUUGAAAUACCAAAUAUAAAAAACUAAAUGUGUGUGUAUAGUUGUGUAACAGUUAAAACUGCUCAAAUCCCUAAACACUACCUAACUGAUCGUGUGUAAAUAUUUAUUUUUUAAGUAUUUAUAGUUUAUGUUGCUUACUGUAUUCGUGAGAGUUCAAAGUCAAGACUUGCUGUAAAGUACGACUCUUGUAUGUCAACAACGUUUUGGGUUUAAAUAUACGGGAGAAUCUUAAUCUACACUUAUAAAUUACCGAUGAAUAUGUACCCUUAAAACCAUUGAAAAAUAUUAAAUUCAACUUUACAUGUUUACGUAACUGAGUCAUAGAUGGCGUGCAAUGCAUUUAUAAUAUUAAAAUUUACAUAGCAUACAGAAACCUAAAGCGAUCACUUUAUUGUUAUAGAUGUUCUGAAUUUCGUUUUAGUGAGACUGGAAAUGUAUAAAUAAAUUUUUUGUACA